CCUUCUCUGCUUUUGCAUUUACGACCAAUUGGUAAACAACCUAUCCUGCUUUACGGCAGAGCUUAAUCUUUACGUUAGAGAGUGGCAACAGUACACAUUGCAUCUAAACUGCUAACAUACUGUCUGAAGAGUGCUGCAUAGGCAAUGCGCUUUGGACUGCCUGCUACAGAAGGAUUGCAGGCUGGUGGACCUCUGAGGGCAUUCUUUGUGAUUGCGUUGCUUAGCGUGUUGAUGCUCACGCUGCUGAGGACUGUGGGAUUGAGAGCGUUCUCCAUGGCAUCCGAGACCUACAUGUCGGGCACACACUCUGCUGCCUUCGUUACCUGCCCCAACGAACAGGUGGCCAAAGAUCUGGCCAGGGGAAUCGUUGAGAAGAAGCUGGCUGCUUGUGUCAACAUCGUCCCCCAAAUUACAUCUGUAUAUGAGUGGCAGGGGAAGAUCCAGGAGGAUAGUGAAGUGUUGCUGAUGAUAAAGACCAGAAGUUCUAAGGUUGCAUCUCUGGCAGAAUAUGUUAGGUCCAACCACCCAUAUGAAGUAGCAGAGGUCAUCAGCCUACCCAUAGAGCAGGGCAACCCACCCUACCUCAAGUGGCUUGGUGACACUGUACCAGAAUGAUGGGUGGAUGGAGAGAGGAAGGGAUAGGUGGAUGGACAGAGGAAGGCUGCGAGAAAUGUAUUUGGAAUAAUAAAAUCUGCAGAAAUGUGACUAAAACGUAUUUUUACUGUUUCAGUGUUGUCCUGGUUUUGACCAAUAGAGGGAUGCAGUGAAAGGGUCUAUCUACAGUCAGGUCCAAAAUGAUUGGCACCCUUGAUAAAGAUGAGAAGAAAAGGCUGUAUAAAAAAUAAAUACUACUAGUACUGAGCGUUAUUGUAUCAUAUAUUAUAUUUUAUGCUAAUAAAGAUGGGGGUCAGAAUUAUUGUUUUCAAAUCCACACCCUGUGAGGUUAACAGCACAGAGCCUUUUUGUAAAAUAUUUUACGAGAUUGGAGAACACGUUGGAGGGGCCUUGCACUGUUCCUCCAUACAGAGUCUUUAAAGAUCCUUGCUAUCAUUUGUCUGCUCUUAUGGACUGCCCAUGGGGUUAUUUAUGGCUUACGCAUCUUUUUUUCAACUCAAAACCCACCACUGGUGUGCGUCACCAAAGAGCUCUAUUUUUAUGUCAUCCAACAGAUGUAAACGCCAUUGGUACAUGGACUGGAUCUGGUGCUUUAUCCUCGCAAGGUGAGGUGUUGAAAACAGGGGCGCCAAUCAUUUUAGCAAAAAGAUAGAGGUGAGAAAAAUAUUACUUCUCAAAAUCUUUCUCUGAGCGUAUUAGUAUAAAAUAAUAUAAUAACUGAGCAUAUAAUACAGCUCAGUAUUUGAAUUAUUUAAUUUAUACAGACUUUUUUUGCUCAUCUUUAUCAACUUAAGUUUGACACGUCAUACAUUAUCUGAUUGCUUUUCCACAAUCAAUACUGCUGAUUAAUUUAAAGAGCCGACAAACCGUUCCCUUAACACUCAUAAAUACUGUUGGAAAGUGACAGAAGGGUUGUCCUGCUGUGAUCAGAAUAUCUGAUUGCUCUGAUCAACAUGUAUCUCUUCCAUACUGAGACCAAUGGUAUACCAGUGACUUGGAAUAAAUACAAAAAUCACAUUA